AUGCUGCUCUAUGCUAAGUUCUUAAAGGAACUCAAGACAAGGAAGAGAAAUUGGGGUGAGAAAGAAACAGUGAUACUUACUGAAGAGUGCGGUGCUAUAAUACAAAAGAAGCUCCCCCAGAAAUUGAAAGACCCUGAGAGUUUCCAAAUCCCCUAUGUCAUUGGGGAUAUGAACAUUGAGAAGGCACUAUGCGAUCUUGGAGUCAACAUAAACCUCAUGUCAUUGGCUUUGAUGAAAAGGAUGAGGAUAGAAGAGGCCAAACCAAAAAGAAUGGCACUUCAAUUGGCUGACAUAACCUUUAAAUUUCCUCAUAGUGUGGUGGAAGAUCUAUUGGUGAAAGUGAGGGAGUUCAUCUUCCCAGCUGAUUUUGUUGUGCUUCAUAUGGAGGAAGAAAUCAACACAUCAAUCAUCCUAGGAAGGCCAUUCCUAGCUACGGCUGAAGCCAUAAUUGAUGUUCAAAAAGGGGAGUUAGUCUUGAGGUUACACGAAGAGAAGAUGGUCUUCAAUGUCUUCAAGGCAAUGAGCUACCCCAAGGAAUCCAUUGGUGAAUGCAUGAUGGUGGACACAAUUGAGACCCUAGUUCAAGGAGUCCUAGAGGAAGAACAAUGUAAAGAAAUUGAAGAAUAA